GGUCUCCGUUUCCGCCGUUUAAUCAACUGUUAAAGCAGCGCGCACAGUAAACCACUUCCGGAAAGGUGAAACUGCAGUUACCCGGUUGUAACAUGGAUGCUGCAAGCGAAAGCGAAGAGCCGGUUUGUGGGGAAGUGGUGUCCGUGGCCCAUGCUCUUUCCCUCCCAGCCGAGUCGUAUGGCAAUGACCCUGAUAUUGAGAUGGCUUGGGCCAUUCGAGCAAUGCAGCAUGCCGAAGUCUAUUACAAACUGAUUUCAUCAGUUGACCCACAGUUCCUGAAACUCACCAAAGUAGAUGACCAAAUCUACUCUGAGUUCCGUGAAAAUUUUGAGACGCUCAGAGUAGAUGUACUGGACCCAGAAGAACUCAAAUCAGAAUCAGCUAAAGAGAAGUGGAGGCCAUUCUGCUUAAAAUUUGAAGGUAUUGUGGAAGACUACAACUAUGGUACUUUGUUGCGACUCGAUUGUUCUCAGGGCUACACUGAAGAGAACACCAUCUUUGGGAAUAAGAAACGUGAAAAUCAGACUGCCUUGAAGCAAGAGGCCUCCCCCAAGGAGCAGACAGGGUUUCUCUGUAUAAUAAUCCUGACUGUCCUGGAACUCAUUUUAUAGACCGGGCUGGCCUGGAACUCACAGACAGCCGCCUGCCUCUGCCUUCUAAGUGCUGGGAUUAAAGGUGUGCACCACACCUCCUGCAACAGUAGCAGCUUUGUUUGUGUAUGCAUAUGUGUGUUUGUGCACAUCCACAUGCAUGUUUAUGUGUGCAUAUCAGAGGUCCAUGUCCGGCAUCUUCUUCAAUUGCUCUCCAUCUUAUUUUUUUAAGGGUCUCUCAGUGAACCUAGAGCUUGCUGGCUCUGCUAGAUUGGCUAGUCAGCAUGCACUAAAGAUUUUCCUGCCUCUGCCUUUUCCAUUUGCCUGGGCUCUGGGGAUUGAACUCAGGUCUUCAUGUUUAUGUGGCAAACUCCUGACCAAUUGAACCAUCUCCCCAACACUUACUCUAUAACUUACAAUAACUUUAAUUGUGAAGAAUUUUCUUUAGCACAAUGUUUUAUGAUGAAUAUAGUUUACAGUUUCUAGAGCAUGGUGGUAAUUAUAACAGACCAGUGGUUUAUUAAUUAUGUUGAUGUCCCUGGCACUUGGCUUCACAGGAACAAGCCCAGAGCCUGAGUUAUCUGGGGUUGGACAGGCCUGGAACUUGAGUGUAUGGUGGCAGGCCUGAAGCAUUCCUGGCUGGAGCCUGGCCUUGUGGAAGCGAGAGACUAGUGGAGUGGCCUUUACAUUAGAUAUAUUGGAGUCUGGGGCCAGUCUAGCCAGUGUAGGGUCUAAAGUGUAGGUCCUUAAGAGACAGAUUGGAGUCUAGUCGGAAUGGUAGCCUGACACGUCAGCUAUAGAGGGUAACUGAGUGCUGGUCUGAGGCUAGGUCCAUUGGACUGGCCUGAGCCUAUACCAAUAGGUAAUAGCGUGGGGUUUUUUCCGGUCACUGCACUUAGCCUAUGUUUGAUAUGGAAAUAGAGGCUUUGUUCUCAAGGCAGACCUAGAACCUGAGUUCAUGGAGAUAAGGACUAUCAGGACUGGCCUCAUCACUGGGUUUGCUGAAAUGAGCCUGGUCCCUGAGCCCUCUGAAGGAUGGAAGUGUGGGGACUAGUGUGUAUCCCUGGGCAAGCAAGAGGCUGCUGUGUGUGCCAACCAGCCUAGAAUCUGGGUCUCUGUCAGAAUGGCCUGGGCUAGUUUAGAGUCUGGAACUGUAAAGGCUAGCCUGGUGUCGGAAUGAACCUGAGUCCUGGGAAUAUGGCGCUAACCUGACACUGGGGUUGGCCUACAGUCUAUGGAGUCUGUUUUUUCAGUGGUCUAGACCUUGAGGCUGGGCCUGGUCUAGAACCUGGGGUGAGUCUGAAUCACGGGUGUGCAGGGUCUUUGGGCCUGCCUGACUUGGAGGUUCAUCGUUGGGGGUCUGAUGCUGUGCCCUGUAGCCCUCAGGUGUUCAGUUUCCUCUGUCUCCUACUGUGUUGGUUGGGCUGCAUGGAGGGUGAUGCGGGUGAGGUGAAGCCAUGCUUCCUUCUUUAAUACGUCUCUCCUCAUGGCCACACGGCAGCCAGGUGCUGCAGGCUGUCACCUGGAUUGCUGAGCGAAGGUGUUUUGAUGUGUGAUUAGUAGUUGGAUGUGAUGUUGAUGGAGGGCAAGAACAUUGGAAAGUCCUAAUCAGCCAUCCUGCUGUUGUAACUCCUAAAAUAUAAUAAAAGGGGUUCAUUAAGGUUGGGCUUUCUAUUUUGCUUUACAGAUCAAGUAUAUGUAGCAACAUAAACACCACAAGUGAGGAUACAAUUCUGUUAUAAAAGUAAUGUUCAGAUUAUGGGUAUUCUAUUCAGCAAAAAGUGUUAUUAGUGACUAAAGGAAAAGUCUAGAAAUGAAUCUCCUGGGUUUGACUCUCAACCAGUCACCUUGUAAUCCAUCUCUAAAAUGCUUUGAACUCAUGGUGAUCCACCUGCCUCAGGCUUCAAGAGGCUAGGAUUACAAGUCUGUAUCACCAUGCCUGGCUCAGAAAUUGACUCUUGAGACAAGGUCUUAGUAUGUUAGUAUGUAGCUCAUGCUGGUGUGGAAUUCACUGUGUAGCCCAAGCUGGCCUUGAACCUAAGAUUCUUAUAUUUGUUUCCCAAGUACUAGGAUCACAGGCACAUGCUACCACAUGUGACACAUAUUUUUAUGUUACAGAGAACUUGAUUUUACUUGCCCUGCUCUGUGGACCAGGCUGGCCUUGAACUCAGAGAUUUCCUGCCUUUGCUUCCAGAGUGCUGGAAUUAAAGGUAUGCACCAUCAUGCCCAGCCUGAAUUUGAUAUUUUUAUAUAAUGGAAAUGAUUUUACUCAUUAUCAGUAGCUAGAAAAAAAAUGCCCAUAUUUAUUGAAUCACUUCUUACUGUCUCAUUCAGAGUCAUAUAAUCCUACAAGGGAUGUUUUAUCUUGUUUUUAUUUAUUUAUUUAUUUCUGUUUGGUGAGAAUAUAAAUUAGUCCAGCCAGUGUGAAAAGCAAUAUGGAGGGCCUUCAAAAUGUGGAAAUCAAAAUAACAUGAUCUUCUGUACUGCUCCCUGGGUAUAUACCCAAAGGAAUCUCGGUCAGCAUACAGGUGAGAUACUUGCACAUCCUUGUUUAUUGCAUCACCAUUUACAAUAGCCACGAUACAGAAGCAGACUCGAUCCCCAUCAACACCUGACUGAAUAAAGCUGAAUAAAGAAAAUGUAGCAAUGUUUUAAUGAGAUAUAAAGAAGAAUGUAAUUCUGCAGGUGGAACUGGAGAUCGUUAAGUAAGUGAUACUCAGGCAAACUAUUACAUACUUAUGUGUAAUAUUGAAUUUUUUUUUAAAGAUGAUUGGGUAUAAGAAAAGACUUGGGGCUGGAGAGAUGGCUCAGAGGUUAAGAGCAUUGCCUGC